UCUCUAAAAAAAAAAAAAAAAGACUUUCUUUUCAUGAAUCUGCUUCCAAGUCAGUUUUUCUGUUUGAUCCUCACUAACUAACUCUUCUCUUUUGAUUCCGCUUCCCAUCUCAGUCGCCGUUGCCACUACUCAUCGCCAAGGUGGCGGGUAGUCUCCACACACACAUUCGCCUUCAUCAGGUUCCCUAAUCGGCGUGUUUUCAGAUUUUGAUUGGUGAGGAUGGUGCUGGUGUUGGCUUUGGGGGAUUUACAUGUGCCCCACAGAGCACCUGAUAUCCCUGCUAAGUUCAAAUCCAUGCUUGUCCCUGGAAAGAUCCAGCAUAUUAUCUGCACUGGAAAUUUAUGUAUUAAAGAAGUUCAUGACUACUUGAAGACUCUUUGUCCAGACUUGCAUAUAACUCGUGGUGAGUAUGAUGAUGAGACGAGAUAUCCAGAGACUAAAACACUAACCAUUGGUCAGUUUAAGCUUGGACUUUGCCAUGGUCAUCAGGUUAUUCCAUGGGGAGACCUAGAUUCACUAGCAAUGCUGCAGAGGCAGCUUGAUGUAGACAUCCUUGUGACAGGUCACACACAUCAGUUUACAGCAUACAAACAUGAGGGUGGUGUGGUUAUAAAUCCAGGUUCUGCAACUGGUGCCUAUAGCAGCAUCACAUAUGAUGUAAACCCAAGUUUUGUCCUCAUGGACAUCGAUGGUCUGCGUGUUGUUGUCUAUGUAUAUGAACUUAUUGAUGGAGAGGUUAAGGUUGACAAGAUAGAUUUCAAGAAAACAUCCUCAAGCCAAUCUGCUCACUGAACUUGGUCUUUAGUCUAGAAUUCUUGUUUUUUGUAUUUUCCUUCAAACUUUGUAAGAAGGUUCUGGUUUUAAUUUGAACAGUUGUAUUUUGGGCAUAUCAUAGGUUUACAGGAUUCAUUUUAUUUGAUGAAUAUAUAAACUGUGCAAAACAUAUAUACUAGUAACAGAUAAGCUGUUUUGCUUAA